AUGCACCGAGCCGGCCGCCCCCAGCACAGGCCCAGGCACGCGCGAGUCGGGCUGGAUUCUGGGGGCGAAGGUCUAUGAUCGUGGGAGCCCGGAGCCUACUGACCCGUCUCUCCCCCGGGAAAGGAGCAGGCCCCCACCGGGCCCCGGGUCCCUGCAGGACUCAGAAGAUGGCAGGAUGACCUCCACCAGUACACCGACGGAGACUCUCCCGAGACCGAGGCUUUAGGGGGCAAGAUCCGCCGGAGCCGCCUCCCCAUCCUAAAAGGGAGGGCAAAGAAUCCCUGCUGGAAGCUAACUGCUUCGCAUUCACGUUUCAUUCCUCCCACCUUGUCUCUCAGGCCACCAUGUCGUCGGGCAACGACACGCCUUGGGGGUCAGCCACAGGGGAGGAGAUCUGGGCGGGAUCCGGAGUGGAGGUGGAGGGAUCCGAGCUACCCACCUUCUCGGCCGCAGCCAAGGUCCGAGUGGGAGUGACCAUUGUGCUGUUUGUUUCUUCAGCCGGAGGGAACCUGGCCGUGCUGUGGUCAGUGACGCGGCCGCAACCCAGCCCGGCCCGCCCCUCUCCGGUUCGGCGACUUUUCGCCCAUUUAGCAGCCGCAGACUUACUGGUCACUUUUGUGGUUAUGCCUCUAGAUGCCACCUGGAAUAUCACGGUUCAGUGGCUGGCUGGGGACAUCGCAUGUCGGACACUCAUGUUCCUGAAACUAAUGGCCAUGUAUGCUGCAGCAUUCCUGCCUGUGGUCAUUGGACUUGACCGCCAGGCAGCAGUACUCCACCCGUUUGGACCCCGCUCAGGCGGAAGGAAGCUUCUGGGGGCAGCUUGGGGACUUAGCUUCCUGCUGGCCUUGCCCCAGCUGUUCCUGUUCCACACGGUCCGCCGGGCUGGCCCCGUCCCUUUCACACAGUGCGUCACCAGAGGCAGCUUCCAGGCUCAAUGGCAGGAGACCACCUAUAACCUCUUCACCUUCGGCUGCCUCUUUCUGCUGCCACUGACUGCCAUGGUCAUCUGCUAUAGCCGCAUCGUCCUCAGUGUGUCUGGUCCCUGGACACGGAAAAGAAGCCAUGCCCCUGCGGAUGGAUGUGCGCUUCGCCGCUCCUUAGACAAUCGCCCUCGCGUCCGCCUGCGGGCCCUCGCAGAGCUGCUACGGUCGGAAGGCACCUAA